CAUUGUAUAGUAUUCAGUAGCCUAUAAGACCAUUUAUAAUCGUAUUAUAAUUCAUUAUACAGCGUGGAAACAUUACAGUAAUCAGUACUAGUUCAGUUCAAUAAGUCUUGCAUGUACAGUAGUAUGAAGUCAGUUACUGUUGUUUUAACAAUAAUCCUUUUACAGUGUAGCUUUGAGAGUAUAGUCCUUAUGGUCCAAUAAUGUACCUUUCUUUUUCUUUUUUUUUUUUUUAAAGGUUUUCAAGGAUAAUAUGCAUACGAAAGGUACACACCAUGUCCCCUUGAUGGUAUAACCCCAGCGACAUUUCUGAGAGUGCAGGGGACUACAUGAGCUCUAUAGAAAACAACAGCGAGGAUUCAGCACCAGCAGCACAGAAUCAUCAUCAUCAGAAUCUCGGAUCUUUAAGGUGACCGCAGCAUCCCGAUCAGAUCCUUACAGUGCUGCGUUUCAGUUUUAAGGUAAGAGAAUUGCAUCUGUCAUUAUUUAACACUCACCUUUAAACGAUGCGGAUUUGACACUGUGCGACAUUAUUCUUACAGUAUAGCUGCACGAACACAGAACAUAGCGAUGGUCAUGUAUCAUCUUCAUAUCAUGUAUGUUGCUACAUAGAGAAUAAACAGUUACGAGGGCACCGUUACAGGGAAUGACGAUAUUUCUAGCUCAAAUGGACUUCUUUGUCCUGUUAUUUUAGUCGGUGUGUGUGAGAGAGUGAGAGAGAGAGAGUGAUAGAGAGAGAUGCACAGGCGCACCUUGCAGUUAACUGUCGCAUUUGAACAAUUUAAGAAUAAUUUCUACAGAAAUGAGUAUUUUAUAUUUACAUUUAUUCAUUUAGCAGACACUUUUAUCCAAAGCGACUUACAAAUGAGAAAAUACAAGCAAAGCGAUAUAUCAAGCAGAGAACAAUACAAGUAGUGCUACCGUACAAGAUCUUUCAACUGAGUUCUAGAAGAAGCAAAACGCGCAGAGUAGAGGAGUAUGUGCCAGAAGCAAUAGAGCCGACCAUGACUCUGCAUUCUCCUCCACUAAGCGCAUGCGCCCUGUGUUUUUGUCAUGUAUGAUCGGACUGACUGCUGCAUCAACGGGCUACCAGAAACCAAGCUUUCUGGAUUUCGACUCCUGGUGGUAUCACACGCCCCGUGGCCCUCAGAUAUUCUCCUGCCUCACCUACUUGGAGAGGAAUGUGCGUGUGGAUUGUGAGUUCCCGAAAAGCGACAAGAUCCCUGGGCCGUUCUGCGAGUUCAAACAGGAUGGACGCCUGAUGGGCACCACGAAUCCCAACAACCCAGUGCACCUCAUUCCGCCCAUAGAGACCAGACGUCGUGCCAAUGUCACACUGGUGCCCCCCAACAUCUGCCGCCUCACGUGGAUGCCUAUGUCAGAUGACCGGGCAUACGCUUACACCUGCAGGGUAUAUCAGGGAAGCACCUGGAAAGAGAAUAGCAUGUCCUUUAACCAAAGACAUCUCCUAGUUUGCUCCGCUUUAACCGUAGUAGCUCAUGCUGCACUUUGGAUUGUUUCCAUCACCGUUUCACUUCCUGUCUCUCUGGGGCUUCUGUCAGUGUGAUCAGCAGUGUUUCUUCAACAUACAAAUCCUCAAACAAUCAUGGUGUCCUCAUACAGUUCUAAUGAUAAUCAUAUUCAAAACAGAUAAUGACACACUGGUUCUUAUUUAUAUAUUACAUGUGUACCACCAACUCUUUAUUUAGUCACCUACUGUGAAAAAAAAAACUCUCACUUAUUCUACUCACUUUUUUUUUUUUUUUUAGAUCCACAAUGACAUGAAUCUAUUUUGAAAUAUUCUAAGUCCAUUAAGAACACAUUGACAAGCUUUCACCAACUGCUUACCUGAGUCUAACUUCCAUAUUAUAUGUAUUAGCCUAUACUGUAUUCACAUUGGGCUUCAUUUAUCAAUAAUUUAUUACAAAUGUGUGUAAAUGGUUUUGUAGGCCUAACUGAACUAAAACUUUUUACAAGAUUUCUGAAAAUAAUGGUAACAGAUUUUCUUUGUACUCAAGUAGAGAUGUUGAUAAAUGCCAAUCACCCAUAAAUUACGAAUCGCAUUCACAGCACAGCUGAUUUACAUUUAGUGACAGCCACAAAACUCCAUAAAAGGCAAAGCUGACAGAGCUGAAAAGGACAAAACGAUGAUUAAACGGUUAAAAAGCACAUCUAAGGCAGUGUGCGGUCAACUUUCCAGUAAAGCAGCUCAGCCAUUGCAGUAAGUCGGCUACCACAGACACACUCUUCCUCCUCCUAUAAGGUGCCAUUUCUUUUAUUUUAAUUGAAUAAUUAGUUUUCACUUACACACUUUAAGUAACUACUUUAUCUUGGUCAGGGUCAUGAUGGAUCCAGUAGAUCCAAUAGACCCUAAAUGGGAACGCCAGUCCUUCUCAGAUAACUAGACUUAUUUGUAAUAAUUUAGGAAUUUGUUUUGGAUUGCGUUAAGUCAUUAAUAUGGAAUGCGUUUCACAAAAUGUUCUUUUAAUUAAAUUUGACAGUGUAAUCCAGAUAUAAAAUUGCAGUAACUUAUCACCAAUUACACGAUUCGAAGCUGAUCAGUCAAGGUUCAUAUUCGCGAGUCUCCGUAGAUAUUUUAGACAAACUCUGGAGCUCUGGUAUGAUAUAAAUUUUUUUCUGAACAAACAGGAUUUGUAUGAAUAACUCAUUUCUUGUUCAAAUGCUCCUGUGAGUGAUUUAUGAAAUUACAUUCUUUUCUCCAGUUUGAUAAAUGAUGCCCAUUAUGUGUACAUUAUGUAUGUUGUACUUUUACUUGUAAAACCACAUACAGCCUAGAUUAGUUAACACUAAAGACUUUAUUUAAAUUGUCAUCUAGCAUCGUAUUUCCAAUGACCAUAUUCUAUUUUUUCAAACACUUCUUUGUGUGUAGUUACAAUACAGUCCUGUCAUGUAUUCUUGCAAUCUUUUUCAGAUAUCUACAUGGAGCUAUACUUUUGCCUUUUGAUAUAUUAAUAUUAAUAAGAAACUGUAGAGUGAGGUCAUUUUAAAGGUUACUCUCAGCUAUUGCUUGUACUAAUCCUUGGCAUUCAUUCACAGCAAAAUGCAUUAUAAUGCUUCUUGAUGCUUAUUCAUGCUAAUGCAAGUUAAAUUGUCUUCCAGUUUUUCCCACUGUCCUUAGUGUAGAGAACAUAACUGUCUAUAGGACAGCACCCUCACAACCUAGGUGCAGCAAUGCUCUUACUCAUCAUAACUCGUUAUUAAUAUAUUAUACACAAUGCAAUGAAUUAUUAAUGUAUAAUUAUAAGAGUUACGUCUUCCACUAUGUGGUCAUGCACAUUGAACUGCUAUUGAAUUCAAAUGCGUUUUUGCACAUGCUUUUUUGCCACAUUUACGUCACUACAGAAGCUGCUGCUUUAUGUUUGCAGGUAGUAUUAUAAGGACCAGGUGCUAGGAAUGAACCCAGACUAGAAUUAGGGUUAAUGCAAAACUAGAUGUGCUACGAUUGAGCAAAUGAUUGAGGGAGGGUCCAUUUAGUCAAAUCUAGUAUGAUGUUGUGACCUAAAAAUGGCUGGGAAGUUCCAUCAUUGUCUCAGGAUUCUUCUGGGGUUUAACAGAACUAGGGUUUUCGGGGGGGGGGGGUGUCUUAUGGGCAAUGCUUAUUCUGUGCAAUGUUCUGUUGGUUUUAGUUUUUUUUUUUGCACUAAAUCAAGUGGCAUUACAACUCCAGUAAGUCUGUUUGUGUAGACAUUUUCUGUUGCACUUCCUUCCCUUCCUCUCCUUCCCAAAGUCCAUGUAUUGGAAUGCAAUGAGAAAUAAAGGAACGUAGAUUGUG